AUGCCCACUCUCACGCUCUUCACACUCACCGUGAUGCUGCCCAAUGUGACGGCGGGAACCGAGAACGCGACCGACUGGACGUGCACGGCGUGCGAGUGCGAGUCUGACAGGCUGGCGUGCACCACGCCGGACACCCUGGAUGCAACCCCGCUUGCCCCAGUGCCCGAGGGUGUCACUGAAAUGGAAAUCCGGGACCAGAGAGACCUCGUGACCCUGGACGAUGGCGUGCUGUCUGCCUAUACAAACCUGGAGAAACUGAUUCUCACGGAUUCGGGUCUUCGGAGUCUCGGCAACGACACCUUUGCCGGAAAUCUCCUUCUCCGCCAUUUGGAACUGCGUGGGAAUCCACUGGAAUGCGUCUGCUCGAAUUCCUGGAUCCUCCAAAGGAACACCCGUCGUCAGGGCUCUUUCCAGGGACGCGCCGUCGAGGGAGGGAAGACUUGCCAGAUCCUGGACAGCAUCUGCGCCGUGCCUGAGGUGAAGGUGCAUCCGGAGGUGAUCUCGGUGAAGGAGGGCGAGGCCUUCGAGGUCAACUGCUCCGCCGUGGGGAAACCCGUUCCUCAGCUGGCUUGGAUAUGGGGAGUGGAAGACGCGAAGAGGAAAGCGGAGGAAAAUCUGGUGGGAGAAUCCCUAACAAUUCGCAUCCCUUCGGCCCGAUGGAAGGACCACGGACAGAACCUGACAUGCGUGGCCACCAAUGACGCGGGCCGAAGUCAGGCUCAUCUCACUCUCAAUAUCUCC